AUGCAAGACCAUCCUGAUAGGCACUAUUGCCUUGCAUUAGUUAAAAGUAUAAAGCAGUUUGCUUUUUUCUUUGCUAAGGUGAGUGUCAUCAUUUUUCAAGAUAACAAAGCAAAGAUAGAUUUGGAUAUGCCUGCAGUAGGUCAAAUGUUUAACAUGUUACAAUCGAUUAAUAAGCCUAUAAGGAUAGUAGAUUAUAAUUUUCCAGCAGAGUUUGGGCAAUUAUUAAUUCUAUCUGUAUAUCUUAUGAUCAAACCAAAUAAAACAAAUGAUGAAUUAAGAACAGAAUGUUUUAUUCAAGAUACUCAAUAUGAUGAUAUGUUAAAAACUAAUGAAGAAAUUCAAUCUGUUUAA